UCACAUCGCAACUGUAGGACGGAGAACGUCAGGAUUCAAUUUCAUCAUAUUUCUCUUACAACUGUAGUGGAGCAUUGCCUACUAUGAACUGAAACUCUUCCUAAAAUCAAAAUCAAGUAGAACCUAGUGAAGUGACGCAUAAGCCAGUAGUUUCCAGUGUCGAGUUGUAAUUUUUUUGCACCUCAAUGUAGCUAGAGGAAAUGGCUGUGGAAAGCAUGACUGUCCAUCCAAACUCCCCAACUACCAACCACGAACACAACAGUCUCCUGACUGACGAAAGGCCAGAGGAUGGAGAGCUGGAGGAAGGCGAGCUAGAGGAUGAUGGGGGGGAAGUGGAGGAGGAGGAGGCUGGUGGAAGGACGUCCACAGCAGCAGGAGGAGGAGGCGGAGAUGGCGGCGAUGAAGCAGGCGGAGGAGGUGAAGCAGGAGGGGAAGGGCCCGGAGAGAAACCUCGGCGAAGUAGGGAACGCCACGCCAGCAGCAACUCGGAUGAUGAGAGAUCCCAUAGACGCAAGAGGAAGAGGAAGAAAGAGAGGGAUCGAGAGAGAGAGAAGAGGAGGUCCAAGAAGAAACGCAAAUCCAAACAUAAACGUCAUGCAUCCUCUGAUGACGACCACUCGGACUUCAGUGAUGACUCUGACUACAGUCCCAGUGAGAAGAGGAAGUACAGAGAGUACAGUCCACAGUAUCCCCCUUCGUCUCAUGGGGGCUACGGCAGCUCAAAGAAGAGCGGCUACAUGAAGAUGGACAAGCAGAGCUAUGGAGGCUACGAUGACUUUGAAGAUGACAACUUUGAAGGAGAGGACGAGGAGGACAUGGCCGAUGAAGACUACGACGACUUUACCAAGGAGCUCAAUCAGUACCGCAAGGCCAAGGAAGGAGGAGGCAGCCGUGGUGGACGAGGGGGCAAAGGUCGCAUGAAAAACCAGAGAGGCCGUGGAGGAAUGAGGGGAGGGAGGAGAGGAAGAGGAGGAAGCCGAGGAAGAGGAGGUCGUGGAGGAAAGAUGGGAGGAGACAAUGACGAUGGAGACGGCUACGGAGAAGACAUGGAGUAUGGAGAUGAUGACUAUGACAACAUGGGGGAGGAUGACUACGAUGACUACUCUAAAGAACUCAGUCAGUACAAGAAGGUCAAAGACAGAGGCAGAGGAGGUAGAGGUGGCCGCGGGCGAGGGAGGGGUAAAGGAGGGCGCGGAAUGAUCAGAGGAGGAAGGGGUCGAAACCGCGGGAGAGGAAGAGGCGACAUGGGCGAUGACGACAACAACGGGGACAUGGACAAUGGGGACGGAGGUGGCUGCGAUGGACCAGGAGCAGGGAGGAGGAAUCAGAACGAGAAGCACCAGGAUAAGAAAGGAAAGGCCAUCUGCAAGUACUACAUAGAGGGGCGAUGCACCUGGGGGGACCACUGCAACUUCAGCCAUGACAUCGAGCUGCCAAAAAAGAAGGAGCUGUGCAAGUUCUACAUCACUGGGUUUUGUGCCAGAGCUGACCACUGUCCUUACAUGCAUGGUGAAUUCCCCUGUAAGCUGUUCCACACCACAGGUAACUGUGUGAACGGUGAUGAAUGCAUGUUCUCCCACGAUGCCCUCAGUGAUGACACCCAGGACCUGCUCAACAAGAUGCUGGCAGAGGAUGCUGAGGCUGGAGCUGAGGAUGAGAAGGAGGUGGAGGAGCUGAAAAAGCAGGGGAUCAACCCUCUCCCCAAACCCCCUCCUGGAGUCGGCCUCCUCCCGACCCCUCCUCGGCCUGUUCCUGUUGACACAAACACAGGGGCCGGUGAUUUUGGCGUGCCUGUGGCGGGUGACUUUGGAGGUCUUCCUGGGCCUAACCAGGUGCCCAUUGCCAACAAAGGUCCCCCAGUACCAGGGCCAGUUCCUAUGCCUAACCCGUGUGCUGGUCCCCCUGUCAUUGGCCCUGAUGGAACUCCCUUCCAAGGCAUGCCCCCAAAUCCGGGUGGCCCUCCUCCCCACAUGGGCCCCCCACCUCCCUGUGGAGGAGGAGGAGGAGGUGGCGCAGGGAAGAAGAUCCCAUCGCUGUUUGAGAUUAAAGUCCAGCCGACGGGACAGCUUGCUCAGAAACUGGCCGUCAGGGGCCAGACUCCCAGCAGCACCCAGGGUCAGACUGCAGCACCUGGACCCCCAGGAGCCCCUGGUGCCCCACCCCCCUGCUUCCCUGCUCCCCCAGGCAUGAUGCCUCCAGACAUGCAGAUGGGGCCCCCCAACAUGGGCCCCGGCGGACCGCCUAUGAUGGGAGGGUUUGUGUCUGGUGAUGGCCCUCCACUUGGAGGUGCUAUGCCUCCAGGUCCUCCUCCAAGUGGAGGAAACUUCUUCAAUAACUUCUUCAACCAGGAUGGGAUGCAGAUGGAGGGGGUGGUGCAAGAAGGUGACAGCUACCAGGGCUUUACUGGCAUGGAUGAGAGAGGAGGGAACGUUGGGAAUCAGUCAGGUGGUCAAGACAGCUCUGCUAAUGGAGCAUCAGCCAAUCAGGGAGGAAUGUCAGUGCCUGACUUCCUGCCUCCGGCGCAGCGUGUCCUGUUCAUGAGGAUCCAACAGAAGCAGCAGGAAGAAGAGGAGAGAGCUCGCAGGAUGGCCGAGGGAGGAGCAGAGAAAAGAGCAGACACUGAAGGUGACUCAGGGAACUGGUACUCCAGUGAGGACGAGGACGGCGGUGGUAGUGUGACCUCCAUCUUAAAGACGCUCCGUCAGCAGACACAGGCUCCUCAAAAAUCCGACGGCCCCCCGAGUGACCCUCGCCUCCAGAAGGCCUCUCCUGCCCACGCUCCGACGCGGCCGGCAGACCCCCGCUUGGCUCGGGACCCACGGCUAGCACGUUCUGCGGAUUCGGCUCAGCUCUCCGACUCCGCCCACUCCAUGCCCUCUUUAUCCUCCUCCGGACCGCCCGCAGAUCCCCGGUUAGCCCGGCUCGCUGCUGCGGUCUCAGCGGGAUCCACCUCCCAUCCAGCUCCUAAACCUGAGCCACCUCUGGUCUACAAGCCCCCACCGCUCACAACCCCGGCGGAGGAGGAGGAGACAGAACGGGUUCUAAGGGACAAGCCAGUGCCGGUCCCCCUGGACCCGCUCAUGGGUAUGGCCCUGAGGGACCCACGCUCACAGCUGCAGCAGUUCAGCCACAUCAAGAAGGAUAUUGUUCUCCACAUGCCGGCCUUUGCCAAAACCAUCACAUGGUCACCUGAGGAUCUCCUCCCGCUCCCUAUCCCAAAGCAGGACCUCCUGCCACUACCACCAGGCAUCCCUCCUGUUGUCUCCGCCGUAGACCCCCGCCUGUCCCGCUCUCAGCAGCCUCCUCCUCAUCAGCCCCCGCCCUCCUUGGACCCUCCUGCUGCCUCCUCCUCCCUCCCGGACUUUGAGCUGCUGUCUCGUAUCCUGAAGACUGUUGGCUCCAGCCCGUCCCAGACCCCCUCCCCUCCUCUUGCCCCUAUGUCGCUGCUGGGUCCCCCUCCCCCACUGCCUCUUCCACCUGCAGAAAAGCCUGUGGACCCCCGUGUGUCCCGUAAGGGCCCCACGGACCCCCGUCUCCAGCCUCAGAAAUCAGCACUGAAGCAACCAUCAGACUCUGUGCCUCCUCCUGUCUCCUCUACCUCUCCAGCAACAACAUCUAGCUCCUCCCCCCCUACCAUCGCCCCCUACGACCCCAGCUGUUGAUAUAUUGGUGGGGCAGGCCGCGGUGUGGGAGCUGGGGCACCAGGGGGCGCCAGCGUGCUGAGCAGCAUCAGUCUGUAUGACCCUCGGACUAACAAACCAGGCAGCCCUGGUACCAGCAGUGGCUCGAACAACUCCCCCAACGCAGCCAGCACAGAGUCCAAACCCAGUGACCCCCCAGCAGCUAAACCCAAGUCCAAGGAGCCCCUCUUUGUUCGGAAGUCCGCGCUGGACCAACCAGAGCCGGAGAAAAGUACAGAGCAAGGAACUGAUCGAUACAACAGCUAUAACCGGCCCCGACCCAAGCCUGCACCCUCGCCGAACUCCACGGCGCAAGGAGGGCCCGCCGCAGCCGCUGCUGGAGGUCAGGGUGCUCCAGGAGCCGCUGGGGAUCAGGGGCCAGCGGGGGUCCACAACCUCCCAGUAUCCUCUUUAUUUGGCGUGGUGAAGCAGGCGGCAAAAGCCGGCGGGACGGGUAGCCCCUUCGGAGGUAACAGCCCAGUGCAGUCCGACCAGGCAACCACAGAGCAGGACAACGGCUCGCUGAAGGACGUUUUUAAAGGCUUUGACCCCACAGCCUCGCCCUUCUGCCAGUGACACCCCACCUCCACCCCCGGCUGCCCGAAAACCACCAUGUUGUUGGCCGUUGGCUUGUUUUAACAUUUUUGGACACUGAACCGAUCAGUGAAUAAGAGAAAAAACGCGCACUGAGGCAUCUGCCUGUGAGAGCAGUCAAGAAGACGAACUGACGUCUCACGACAUGUUUCUCUCUCUCUCUCUCACACACACACACACACACUUUACCACAGUGUUGCAGAUUCAGAUUCUAUAAAAGACUUGUGGGUUAUUAUGGGAAGGGUUUAAAGUUUAAUCUCUAAAGCUCUAUUUUAAACAAACUUAUUGAUGUAUAAAUAAAUGUAUUCCCUUCAUCUCAACGCUUAAUGAAAACAGUUACUCAGACGGCAGCAGCAACACAUUUAUAUGGAAUUAACGUUUUAGCUUUCACAACUUUUUUCAUCCUCUUCAUUUCAUUUCCUAAAUGUUCUCCUCACCUUGAAAAUGGUUGAUGUGCUUGUCUGUAUAUUUUUUUGGACAGUCAAAGUUGGCAGCAGUUAAAAAGAUUUCUCAUCAGUUUUUUUUAAACAAAAUACUUCCUAUUUGUGGUGUUUUUGCGAGUAAAUAAACAGCACUGAGGCAAUUCUUUUGACACUGUUGCCUUUCAGAAACCAAUGACCCUCUUUAUCACUUCCUUUGCACAUCUUUAACUGGUGCAAACUGUUAAGUUUUAUCAUAUGGCAGACAUUUUUUCAUUAUAAUUCACAAUUUCACAUUUGCUGCAGAUUGCAAAUACCUGAACUUGAAUCUAUAUUCAGCUUUUUUUUUAGUAUUUAUUUUUCUACUUCUUUGCACUGUCUGUUUGUGUCUUCUGAGAGCUGUAUUAAUGUUUUUAUUGUCUGCAGCUCCUCCAGCUGCUCUUAUACUGUUUCAUUUCAGGUAUUUAGCUCUUAGCCAGAACAGGUAACUCUACUGAAACAGGAAGUGAUUCGUGGUCUUUCAGUACUGCCGCUCUAACCACUACUCAGCUGCUGCUCCUUCUCCCUCAGUUUUCCCCCUCAGCACUCGUUGAUUUCACGUGAACAUUUUAAUUUUAUCAUUUCUGUGAAAGUUGAGAGCCUACAGUUCAUAAAUGACAGCGUCUCUAGCUGUAAAAGGAUACCUCACUUGCCAAAUGAACAUUUGUGUGUGGAGUACUCACCCAGCUUUACCUUGAAUUUGUGAAGAAAGCUUUGUUUAUCUCACAUGCCUCAAAGUGUGAACGGAAAACCCAAAAAACAUUCUUCAUGAAGUGAAGUAAACAUCAACAGCAGAACUAUAUUCAAACAUACAU